AUGAUGACAUCUCCAAAGUUUGUUUUCUAUCUGACAUGUCUGUUCUUGGGGAAAAUGGCUCAGAUGAGUGAUUUGAAAUUGCCCUCAACUCUUCAUCAAGAGAGACGUUUUAUUUUUGCUAAUGUUGGAGACAAAGUGACUUUGCAAUGUUUCUAUAAAGGUGAUGAUUCAACAUGGCUCUUCUGGUACAAGCAAACUCUGGGACAGAAACCAAGGCUCAUCUCUUCCUUUUAUGUGUAUGAUAUAAGAAAGGAAUUUUAUCAUGAAUUCAAGAACAAUUCACGCUUCACACUGGAAGUUGAAAAAUUUAAAAAUCACUUGACAAUUACUGAUUUGCAAAUUUCAGACUCAGCUACUUACUACUGCGCAAAUAGCUACAUGUUUCUCUUGCAGUUUGCAGAGGGCGCUAUUGUCAGUGUAAAGAGUUCAGGUUUGAACAGCCAAGCUUUGGUCCAUCAGUCCGUUUCUGAGACCAUCCAGCCAGGAGGCUCUGUGACUCUCAACUGUACCGUACACACUGGGACCUGUGAUGGAGAACACAGUGUUUACUGGUUCAAAUACUCUGAAGAAUCUCAUCCAGGACUCAUUUACACCCAUGGAGACAGGAGGGAUCAGUGUGAGAGGAAACCCAACACACAAACACACACCUGUGUCUACAAUUUUCCGAUGGAGAACCUGAAUCGUUCUCACGCUGGGACCUACUACUGUGCUGUUGCCUCAUGUGGACACAUACUGUUUGGAAAUGGCACCAAACUGAAUCCUAAAUUUGAGGUGAAGUCUCCCAACUCUCAUGUAUAUUUCUUGAGCGGAGCUCUGACAUUCACCACUAUCCUGAGUGUUUUACUGGCUUUCUCAGUGUACAAGAUGAACAAGAGCAACAGCUGCCAAGGGUUGCAGAGAUGCAGACAACCUCCAUUAUGCUGCUUUAAAUGUUAACCUGCCCAACAGAUCAACAAGACACAGGGACAGCACCAAGAGUGAAUGUGUGUACUCAAGCCUAAAGCAGUAAAAAUAGAUGUUACGCUUAUAC